GUAUUGGCUAAUAAUUAUUUUAUUUUAAACGGUAUAAAUACUGUAAUCUGCUCCAGGGAUGGUGUCAGUCAGUUAAGUGAAUUCAGAUCAAACGGGCUACAAUUGAUAUUCUCUGAUAACAUGUAUCAUCUAACGGAUCGGGUUCGGAAGUGCUCCGGACUGUUUGUCCUGCUAGCUAUUCAGUUAACCCUCUCAAGCGUAGCGGCCGCUGUUUUGGAUACAAAUGAGCCCACCAAUGGAACUAAACUGCAUCAACGAGCUAAACGUGCCGUCGAUGUGGACGAUCUGUACGGGAGAAUCAGUACCGAAGACUUGCUGCAGCAAAUCCGCAACGAACCCUACAUCGUGCAGUUGAUCGAGGGAUUCGUAAACACCUACAACAAGAUGAAAGAAAAUGGGGAGCAGAAUAGCCCCGUCGUCAUCAAACUGGCCCAGUUCGUAAGAGAGACGCUCAACAUGCCCAAUUUGAAUAUGGUAGAUCAGCGAAUCCUAGGACAGCUCCUGAUGCUGAGAGAUGAGCUGCCACGUUCGAUUAAAAACGCUGUCUUCGCUCAGAGAGUCUGUUUCCGAAAUGUGGAAAACGACGAGUACCUGAUCUCGCCGUCGCAAGCUUAUCUGUACGAUCUGGAGAGACGUCGAGUCUUCACCUGGAUACCCGGAGGCAGGCCUCGCGAUAACUUUGGAAGCUGGGAGCUAACCUUCCAGGGCAAUGACGUUUUCAUAAGGAACUUCAGGACCCGGGAAAAUAUGUACGCCCCCGCCAACAUCUACAAGUACGAUAGCGAUCGGCGUCGGGUGUUCACUUGGACCCAGGAUUGGAUACAGAUCGGUGGCUCUGGACUUUGGAAGCUGGAACCGGAAGGUGACAACGUGAACAUCAAAAGUGCUGCGUAUCCCGAGUAUCUUUACGCCGCCGGGGAUGGUUUUAACCACGACAAUGACAGGCGUUCCGUUUAUACGUGGGGUCCGGGAGACAAAAUCUCCAACGGUCUUUGGGAGAUUGAAGAUUGUACGUAAAUGAUGAGUUUUUAUUAAUAAUAAAACAAGCAGUGUAUUAGAGAACGAUUCCUAUGAACGGUAGAACAAAGUUGUAUUAAUGUCAAAAUAAUAAAAAAUAUAAAA